AUGAGUACCGACAAGUACUACACUUUAGCAGAAGGCUGUCCUUUUGCAAGUAACAGGACUGCCCUUCUGGCGAAAGGUAAACAAGGCGGUGGUCUUGGCUUGCUUCAGGAUACUCAGCUUAUUGAGACUCUGGCUCAUUUCUCUCGGGAACGAAUUCCAGAGCGAGUUGUUCACGCUAAAGCUGUUGGAUGCUAUGGCGAGUUCAUGGCGACCCGUGACUGCUCUGAUUUUACAUCCGCAAACUUCCUGAGCAAAAUCGGUAAAAAGACACCAGUACUUCAACGUGUGUCAACGGUCGGCCCAGAGUCGGGAUCCGCGGAUACCUCCCGUGACGUGCAUGGUUGGGCCAUGAAGUUCUAUACGGAUGAAGGAAAUCUUGACUGGGUUUUCAAUAAUACACCUGUCUUUUUUAUUCGCGAUCCUAUCAAGUUUCCCUCCUUGAACCGAUCUCACAAGCGACAUCCUCAAUCCCAUCUUCCUGAUGCAAACAUGUUCUGGGACUUCCACGUCGGCAACCCCGAAGGAAUACAUCAACUUAUGGUCCUUUUCAGCGACCGUGGAACACCCAAAUCGAUCCGCCACAUGAAUGCGUACAGUGGACACACAUACAAGUUUACCAACUCGGACGGUUCGUUCAAAUACGCAAAAAUCCACAUCAAAACACAGCAGGGAAUCCAGAAUUUCAGCCGUGAAGAGGCGACUAUAAUUGCUGGAGAGAACCCUGAUUAUAUGAUCCAGGAUAUGUUCGAGGCCAUCGAGAGAGGUGACUUUCCUGUUUGGGAUGUCUAUGUCCAACUGAUGAGCCCCGAAGAAGCCGAGAAAUACAAGUGGAAUAUCUUUGAUAUGACCAAGGUCUGGUCACAUAAGGACUUCCCUCUGCAGCAGAUUGGUCGACUCACUAUGAACCGUAAUCCGCGAAACUAUUUUGCGGAUAUCGAACAAGCCGCCUUCUCACCAUCAACGAUAGUGCCAGGAUUUGCUCCAUCAGCCGAUCCAGUAUUGCAAGCACGACUAUUCGCAUACCCAGACGCCGCCCGGUACCGACUUGGCGUAAACUACCAGCAACUCCCUACCAAUGCCGCCAAGGCUCAAGUCUACUGCCCAUUCCAAAGGGAUGGAAAGAUGCGAAUUGACGAUAACUAUGGCGGGGACCCUAAUUACGUUGGAUCCUCGAUCAAGCCUACCAAGUUCUAUCAAGAUGUGAAGGGAACAACUCCACAAUCGUUGAGCCAGCAAACUGAGCAUGACAUGUGGACGGGCGAGGUCACGGCCUAUACUAGCGAGAUCACCGAUGCCGACUUUGUUCAACCUGCUCAACUGUGGGAGGUUAUUGGCCGAGAGCCUGGUCAUCAAGAGAGGCUUAUUGAGAAUCUUGUUGGUAGUGUGAAAGGUGUCAAGUAUCCCGAAUUGCGCAAGGCUGUUUACGACCUUUUCAGUCGCGUCAACAAAAAGCUUUCUUCAAGAUUGGAGGAGCGAACUGAAGCAGAGAUCAAGGCCGCGUGA